UAUACUUGAUGUGUUUAUUGAGGACAGUCAGUCAGCAUCAUGACUACACCGUUUUCUCCUCCGCUUUAUAUGCAGAGAUAUCAGUUUGUUGUUGAUUAUGUGCAAACCUACAGACCUAGAAAGGUCAUCGAUUUCGGAUGCGCGGAUUGUCGUUUGCUUAAAAAACUCAAGUUUCAUCGUGACUGUGUUGAAUUACUAGUGGGAAUUGAUAUAAACGCUGCUGCCCUUCUGAAAAAACGGCGUACAUUGGCACCACUCAUGAGUGACUAUCUACAUCCAGGUGACGGGCCUUUGACUAUUGAGUUAUACCAAGGCUCGGUGACAGAGAGAGAGCCAUGCACCAGAGGAUUUGAUCUUGUGACAUGCGUUGAGUUAAUCGAACACCUGGAGCUUGUGGAUGUGGAGAGCUUCUCAGAGGUGCUGUUUGGGUACAUGGCACCGGCUGCCGUCAUCAUCAGCACACCCAACGCAGAAUUCAACCCACUGCUGCCAGGCCUGAGAGGCUUCAGAAACUACGACCACAAGUUUGAGUGGACCAGAGCUGAAUUUCAAGCCUGGGCUCAGAGAGUUUGUGAUGAAUAUGGUUACUCAGUACAGUUCACUGGAGUUGGAGAAGCCCAUGGAUGCUGGAGAGAUGUGGGGUUUUGCACCCAGAUUGGUGUGUUUCAGAGAAAUUAUGAAGGGCUAAAUUGGUCCACAAGUAAUGAUGAUCGAUUGGAACCCUCAGUGUACAAACUGUUAUACAGAGUGGUAUAUCCAAGCCUCUGUGAUAACAACAUUUACCACAAGACGUUGCUUAAUGAAGUCAUGUACGAGGCACAACACCUGAGACAGGAAUGGCUUAGGAGCAAAAACACAGAUCCUUACAACAAUCCACACGUCCACUAUUAUCCAUUAGUGGACGCAGUACAGCAUGGAGCGGUAGGGGGCGCAGCUGAGCAGCAGGAGCCUGUUUACCAGCAGGGCGGCGACAUUUGCGUCCCCUUGUCGUGUGUAUGGUCCAGUCCCAGAGUGAAAGGGCUUUGUGGGUCCCUGCAGUGUCUGAGGGAGAAACUGCAGGAUGAUUCGGUGAUGAGGUUGAGCGUUGAUGGAAUGGUGUUAAUCCUGCCUGCUGCUGAUGAGGAUGAAGAGUUAGAGGAGAAAGAAGAAGAAGAAGAAGAAGAGGAGGAGGAGGAGGUGAAAACAGGUGUAGCAGACAGUGCAAAGGAGGACUGGGAUGAGGAGCUUGCAAGCUUCGGUAAUGCAUAACAGAUCCAGAAAAACAAUGUUUGUUAGUACAAAA